AGAGAAAAACGGGCUGAGUGUUUGAAAAAGAAAAACGAGUGCGAGGAGAGAAAGGGGAGAUGUGGGUUUGAGGUUUGUGAACCAGUUGCUCAGAGAGGAGUCUGGUGGAUGGAGGGAGGGGAGCUGUGAGGAUAAAUGCGCUCUUUCAUUUCAACGUGAGAGAAAUCCGUUACUAGGGGCACAUAUUACAUGGACAGAGAAGCAGGGGAGCCUAAAAUAAGGGAAAUAAGCGGAGUGGAUAAUGGAUAACGUGCUGUCAAAGAUACCGCUCACGACAGCUCUCCUCAGACUUUGGGACUGAUGAGCAGAGUUUCUGUCAGAGGAGAGUUUGAGCUUCAAAGACGCGCUCCGGAGUCUGGAGGGAUAAAGUUGCUGCCUGCCUGUUUAUGAAGGCGUUACACAUUUGUAAUGGUUUAAUGAGUCGGAACUGCAGCCUCUUGUUGGAUGGGACAGGUGCAGUUAUUUUCACGCCAUGGGUCACUGAGACGUCAUAAAGUUGAUUUUUCAUUUUUACGUUUUUAAGACGUUUUCGCUCACUUUAACAUAAGACGAGAAGAAGAAGAAAAUCAUAGCCAGAGUUUUCGUUCGGUUUUUUCUAUUUGAAUCAGUAUUUAAUUAUUUGUAAACGAAUAGCUCCUGAAGUUUAACCCCAUUCACGCACGUGGCAUGCCACCGCGGCACAGUUUGGCCGACUUUUACGCAUCUCUUGGGACGAGAAAAAGCUGAAAACAAGCGUGUCUGUGUAUGUGUAUGAGUGCGGUGGGCAACGACGCUCCUCAUUUCCACUUAAUACACGAGGGAAAAGGGAAAAAACAUUAAAGAGAGACUUCUUUCAUUCGGAAUCAUAAAUGGAGCUGCGUAAAUACCUGUUGUGCCUGGAGUUUAUCCUCCUCCUUAAAGAGCUUUGUCAGUGUUUCAACAUAGAUGUAAAGCACCCGCGCAUCUUCACCGGUCCAGAGGACGCGCUGUUCGGCUUCUCCGUCUUGCAGCAUGAAGCAGAUGGAGAGAAAUCGAUGCUGGUUGGUGCUCCCUGGGACGGGCCGCCCAACAACAGGAAAGGAGAUGUUUACAAAUGCAGCGUGGGACGGGAGAAGAACUCGAGCUGCAAUAAAGUGAAUCUAGGUGAGACGGCUCUCCAGAACGUUUCAAAGAAUCUGAGGAAUUCUCACUUGGGAAUGACCCUCACACCAACUUCACCUGAUGGCUUCCUGGCAUGUGCUCCACUGUGGUCACAAGAAUGUGGUACAUCUAUGUUCAGCACUGGCAUCUGUGCCUCUGUCAGCGAUGACCUAGAACCAAGAGAGACUAUCGCUCCAACAGCGCAAAGGUGCUCGACGUACAUGGACAUUGUGAUCGUGCUGGAUGGCUCCAACAGCAUCUACCCCUGGUACGAGGUCCAAAACUUCCUCAGUAACAUCCUCAGCAAGUUCCACAUCAGCUCAGACCAGAUGCAGGUUGGUAUUCUGCAGUAUGGUGAGGUAGCUAUUCACGAGUGGUCUCUGAAGGACUACCAGACCACACAGGAGGUAGUGGAGGCCGCCAAGAACAUCAGCCGACAGGAGGGACGGGAGACGCGCACGGCAUAUGCUAUCGAAACAGCCUGGUAGGCACGGCAGUUACUAAUC